AUGAAGCUAUCAUCUUUGUUCAAGACCACCAAGCGUUGUGCUCCAAAACUUAAUCCAUGUCAGUUCAUGCCCUAUUGUGCUCAAGUAAACACCCUCUCUUUUCGAAAACCCAAUCACACAUUUGUUGACCCGGCUCAAACCCUCUGGUCCAACCGGUUCACAACCUCGUCAUCAACAUUUGAACCAAAAAGCUUCUCAUCAUCAUCAUCGGUUGACUUAGACCUUCUUAAUUACUGCGACAAUUCUGACCACCGCGAGAACGCACACUCUUUGGAGAAUUUAGUUUAUGAGAUUGUGAGGUCAUCGAAGAGGCUAUUUUUCGAGCCUAAUAGCAACACGAGCUCAGUUUUAGAGACAGGCAUAGAACAACAAGCAACCAAUAAAGCUAUCUCAGUGACUGAUCAAGGUUCGAAUUCGAAAUCUCAAAUAAUAGAGCCAACAAUGGAAGGAAAAGAGAAGGCUGAUGAUGAGGUUAGUUUUUGUGAAAGUAGUGUGUUUUUGGCUUUGGACUCAAAUGAUCCCUACGAGGACUUCAAGAAGUCAAUGAAAGAGAUGAUAGAGUUUCAUGAAGUGAAGGACUGGGAGAGAUUGCAGGAGUUAUUGAGUUGUUAUUUGAUUGCUAAUGAGAAGAAAAAUCAUGAGUUUAUAUUGAGGGCUUUUUUUGAUCUUUUCUCGAUUGAAACUUAG